AUGCAGAACGACGCUGGCGAGUUCGUGGACCUGUACGUGCCGCGGAAGUGCUCCACGAGCAACACGAUCAUCGGGGCCAAAGACCAUAUGUCCAUCCAGGUGAAUGUGGCCGAGGUUGACAAGGUCACAGGCAGAUUCAAUGGCCAAUUUAAAAUUUAUGCAAUUUGUGGAGCAAUUCGUAGAAUGGAAGAAUCUGAUGACUAUUCUCCAAUAUUGUUUCAAAGAAUUUCUAAUUGA